GCGCGACGCGCCGUCGGACGAUGUCCAGGGAUCGAGCGCCCGCCACCGCGAGGCUCGCGGUCCUCCUCGCGGUCCUCCUCGCGCCCGCCCCGCGACGCGGGCGGCACCCAGGGUUCGAUUUCAACAACGGCGUGCUCCUCGCCAUGGCUGCGACCAACACCGCGGACGAUAACCCGCUGUCCAUCACCGAGUCCACCACCACGGACGGUCGCGUGUGCUCUGUGGGUCCGUACGGCUGGUUCUGCGACCCGCCCGCGGUUGAGAACGACGUGACGUACUACACCCCGCCCGAGGGAGGGUACAAGGGGUACCUCGACCAGAACAGGCUGCUGGGCGCGGUGCCGGAGGGCCUCCCGCCGCUGUGCAUCGACGAGUGCACCGACGACUGCCGGCCGCCGUGCCCGGUGGAGUGCGUCAAGACCAAGUUCAACACGAGGAGCGUGGCGCUGGAGACGGGAACCGCGGGCGUCAAGGUGGCGCACCAGUUCUUCGUCAACCCUUACAACGGAAGCGACGCGCACCCCGGGACAAGGGAGAAGCCGUGGGAGACUCUCAAACGCGCAGAGGCGCAGGUGCGGUUCCUGCGAGUGCAGAACACGGAGGCGCCCGACAGCGUCAAGCUGCUGGAGCCCGUGCAGAUAUGGAUCAGGAGCUUCGAUCCCUCGCAGCUGGAGGACCCGAAGUCCCAGCUGGAGAACGCCAGGUACAUGGGCUUCACCAUAGACGAGUAGCGAGACUAGUAGUUCUACGAAUAUUUAGCCAACUUUGUUC